CUUGAGACGGUCAGAUUUGGGGGGCCUUACGAAAGUAAUUUGCAUAGCGGGGCACUGAAAUAGGCUGUGAUGUGGAAAAGGCAAUGAGGCAAAAUAGAGGACGGAUCAGAUUUUUAGGAUCCGCCGUGCUGAGAGAGAGCCGGGUUACAUCAGGGGGUGAUGGGGCAAGAAGAAGCUGCGAAGCCUGUAUAAAACGCGUGAGAUUCCUCCAGCUGGGCCACAGUGAACCGAUGCAUGGCGUUCCACCACAUCCCUUAAAAACACGACCGUGACUGUGAUGUUACGGAAUUUGGAAGGAUUUGAUGCGUGCAUGAAAAUAUGAUCCUUAUGCACAACUGUUGACCUCUUUUAUUCCACACCGCUUGAUGACAGAAGGAGGAUAACGGCAUUUAAAUGUGUUGUAUGAUAAUAAUGGCGGUGGCACCGAAAUAAUCGAUCGUGGGCACAUGUUUUGGGGAUUUUUGAAACAGAUCGGCGGGAUGAUGCCUUUGAAAUGUCACAGGAGUAAAUCUGUAUGGGUUACUCUGGGUGUGUUGGUGUUGUGUUGGCUCUACAUCUUUCCCGUGUACAGGAUACCAAGCGACAAGGAGAUGGUAGAGGACGUUCUGCGGCAGGGACAAACGUGGAGCAGAAAUCAAACGGGAAUCGAUCUGUACAGGAAGUUACUCACAGAAUGCUGUGACCCAAAAAGGAUGUUUGCCGUGACAAAGGAGAACUCGCCAAUUGGCAAAGUCCUGUGGUAUGACGGGGAGCUCUACCAUUACCACACAGUUAACAAUGAGACCUACCCAUUCUUUCUUCAGGAUACACCAUUUCAGCUUCCUCUGAAGAAGUGCUCUGUGGUGGGCAAUGGAGGUGUCCUGAAACACAGCAGCUGUGGAGGUGAAAUUGACCAGGCUGACUUUAUCAUGAGAUGUAACCUUCCUCCACUGUCUAAAGAGUAUACUGCUGACGUAGGUACCAGAACACACCUGGUGACAGCUAAUCCUAGCAUCAUUGAAAAAAGUUUUCAGAACCUACUUUGGUCCCGGAAGGCUUUUGUAGAGAGCAUGAAAGCUUACGGUACCAGCUACAUCUACAUGCCAGCGUUCUCCAUGAAACCUGGCACUGACCCCUCCCUGCGGGCAUACCACGCUCUUGCAGACUCCGCCUCCAACCAGACUGUUGUUUUUGCCAACCCGGACUUCCUCAAAAACGUUGGUAGAUUCUGGAAAAACCACGGUGUCCAUGGCAAACGGCUCUCCACAGGCCUGUUUCUAGUGAGCCUCGCACUCGGUUUGUGCGAAGAAGUGACCUCUUAUGGUUUCUGGCCAUUUUCUGUAGGGCUGGACAAACAACCAGUUAGCCACCACUAUUAUGAUAACAUCCACCCCACCUCGGGAUAUCACGCGAUGCCUGAGGAAUUUCUACAGCUUUGGCACUUGCAUAAGAGCGGCACUCUGCGUAUGCGUGUUGGCAGUUGUGCAAAAUAGGGGGAGGAGCCAAAGAGGGAAAAAUAAGGGUGAACGUGAGUUCUGAGUUGAUACCCCACCCACAAAAUGGCUGUCUUUUCUGUGUCUGUUUGCUUGACCCCUCUGUAUAUACCCCAGAAUACUCAUCCGCUACCAAACCUACCUUCUUGUUGCCAAGGAACUGUUGUAAAGACUUGCAUGUGUACCCAUUCUGAUGUAUGCACUCACUGGAAGCUUGUAGUGUCUUUCAAAAUAAAUUGCGUGAAAGAUGGGGACUUAAUUGACUUGACCUAUUUAAUGGCGUCCACGAGUCGUUGGAACCUUGAACCCAGGGGCUAUUUGUUCACUUAACAUAAAGAUGGGUCGGGGGAGGGUAUUAGGAGGCACUGCUUCAAAUGAAGUCUUAAGAAAAUGAAACUGGAUAACAUAAAAUGGGAGCAGUGCUUUGACUUUUUAGCAUUUGGUGUACUUUGUGUAUAUUUUGAUUGUUUUAUCUUGAGGACUGAUUAUUUGUUUUCAAUUUUUGGUUUUUAUUUUGAGGAAGAUGAAUAAGGAAUAAUUAAAAAAUUAUUCUUACAGUGUUCAUAAACAGUGCAUCUGGAAAGUAUUCACAGCGCUUCACUUUUUCCACAUUUUGU